AAAGCGUCACACGCAUCCAUAAACGCCGUUCGCUGGUCGCAUCUGAUCUGGGCCGCUGACGUCGUCUGGUUCAUCGCGUUUGUCAUCGAGCUGGACGUGGUCGUUCAUAUGAAUGCGUCACGUCAUCAGCAAAUCAGUACGCUGGGCGACAGCGAGCGACAUUUGUCGCGUCAGCGGCCAGGUGUCAGUGAUGACUGGCCGACCUUCUUAGGAGAUCGUGCGCCAACACGUGCAUUUCACGAAACGCACACAUACGAAAAUAAUCGAAGUCAAAGUGUCACGCCCUCUCAAUGGCAUAUGUUUGAAUUCAUGACUAUUCCGUUGUAUUCUGGACGACUGAGAAACAUUGUUGUUGUUGUUGUUGGCGGGAAAUUGCCUCCGCUUGCACCUCAU